CUGUUGCCGCUCUCCUGAUAAUCUAAUGACACACGUGAGUGAGUUUGACCGAAAACUACAUACAACACCAUCUUCAUCAAGCACCAACGAUCUUGUUGGUUCAUCACCAUCGUUCCCCUUCAAAAGAUCUCCAUCUGUAUCUAUAAUUCUGUAUCUAUAUCUAUAUCCAUCCACUACACUCCACCAUAUUCACAGACCUCAAUCUAUUCAACUCACAUAACUUCCAGUUUCACGCAUCAACAAGAUCCAUAUCUCAAUCAUGACACACACAACCUAGGGUUUCAAAAAAAUGUCUGGAGUCGAUCACAGUGACAACGCGAUUCUAUUGCGGUCAAAUAACUCAAAUUCAUCGUCUUCAGACAGAGAUUUAGAAUGCCAAAUCUCAUCUGCAAGAAGCAGUAAAAGCAUUAAGGAUAUAUGGAAUAAAGUGGAUCGAGCGUUUUCCGAUAUUCGUCUCAGCAUUAAACGCCGCUCACCUAGGGCACGCUGGCCGGAGAGAGAUCAUGCGUCGCCGGUAAGAAGCACUGCCGGUGGUGGUGGUGGUGGUGAUGAUGAGAUUCUCGGUGACGGAGCUCCGCCGGAAUGGGCGUUGUUGCUGAUUGGAUGUCUUCUAGGUCUUGCCACUGGUUUGUGUGUUGCUGCGUUUAAUCGUGCGGUGCAUGUAAUACAUGGAUGGGCGUGGGCCGGGACACCAAAUGAGGGUGCUGCAUGGCUACGGUUACAGCGGCUAGCUGACACCUGGCAUCGGAUUCUUCUAAUUCCCGUCACUGGUGGAGUGAUUGUCGGAAUGUUGCAUGGUUUACUUGAAAUUUUAGACCAAAUAAAGCAGUCGACUCCUGGAAACGGGUCGAGCUUCCUUUCUGUGUUCUUUCCAACAGUGAAGGCUAUUCAAGCUGCGGUUACUUUAGGUACAGGCUGUUCAUUGGGCCCUGAAGGCCCAGAUGUAGAUAUCGGAAAGUCGUGUGCCAAUGGGUGUUCGUUAAUGAUGGAAAAUAAUAAAGAACGCAGGAUAGCUCUUGUUGCUGCUGGUGCUGCUGCUGGCAUAGCUUCAGGUUUCAAUGCAGCAGUCGCUGGCUCUUUCUUCGCCAUUGAAACUGUUUUAAGACCUCUGCGUGCCGAAAACUCUCCUCCAUUUACAACUGCAAUGAUAAUAUUAGCAUCUGUUAUUUCUUCAACUGUCUCAAAUGCCGUGCUUGGGGAAAAACAGGCUUUCACAGUGCCCAGUUAUGAUUUGAAAUCUGCUGCCGAACUACCUCUAUACCUGAUAUUGGGCAUGCUAUGUGGAGUGGUUAGUGUAUUAUUUACCCGUUUGGUAACGUGGUUUACUAAGGCAUUUGAAUACAUCAAAGAACGGUUUAAUCUUCCUGGUGUUGUAACUCCAGCUUUAGGUGGUUUAGGAGCUGGUAUAAUAGCACUUAAGUACCCUGGGGUUCUAUACUGGGGAUUCAAUAAUGUUGAUGAAAUAUUACAUACCGGAAAGAUAGCUUCAGCACCUGGAAUCUGGCUUCUGGCUCAGUUAGCCGCAGCUAAAGUUGUAGCCACGGCUCUAUGUAAAGGGUCUGGGCUUGUUGGUGGGCUGUAUGCACCAAGUUUGAUGAUUGGUGCUGCAGUUGGUGCGGUGUUUGGUGGUUCGGCUGGUGAGUUGAUUAAUUCUGCUAUUCCUGGGAACACUGCUAUUGCCGAGCCACAGGCGUAUGCAUUAAUCGGAAUGGCGGCAACCUUGGCUUCAGUUUGUUCUGUUCCGUUGACUUCGGUUCUACUUUUGUUUGAGUUGACCAAGGAUUAUAGAAUCUUGCUUCCACUUAUGGGGGCCGUUGGAUUAGCAAUAUGGGUACCAUCUGUAGCAAACCAGUCUAAGGAGAGUGAUACAAAAAAGGGUUAUACUAUGCUUUCACCUGUUGACAAAUUUGAAACGUGGAGACAAACGACAGGCGAUGCAGAUGAUUUGGAAUUAUGCAUCAUGGGGCCCGAUGGUAACCAUGAAUCCGUUGAUGAAGAUAUUAUUCUCGAAGACUUGAAGGUUGCACAGGCGAUGUCAACCAUCUACCUUAAUGUCGGGUUAUCGUCAACUAUUAAAGAGGCUGUACAAUGCAUGGAUAAUGGUCAACAAACAUGUGUGCUUGUCGUUGACCCUGAAGAACGUUUAGAAGGGAUUCUGACCUAUGGUGACAUUAAACGUGGCAUGUUGAAGAACUAUGAUGAAAUCGAUGGUGUUUCAAUGCCAGAUUUUGGUGAGAGCCUUGUUUCGUCUGUGUGUACACGAGGGAUAAGUUAUCGUGGGCGUAAACGCGGGCUUUUAACUUGUUAUCCUGAUACCGAUCUAGCAAUUGCUAAAAAUUUAAUGGAAGCUAAAGGAAUAAAACAAUUGCCUGUGGUACAACGAGCUGUUGAUUUUCGAGAAGAAGGAAAACGCAGGAUUGUUGCUAUUCUUUACUACCAUUCGAUCUGGAAUUGUCUCAGAGAGGAAUUGAAUCGCAGGGGACCCGAGUAUCAACCGAGGGUAGAAGAGUGUGUCGAAGAUAAGAUUUCCAAUGGCCAUUGAUUCGAAUUGUUCCCCACGUUGGAUGUUUUUAGUGUUACUUGCCAAAGUGGAAGACCGUACAGUAAGCUGAAAUUUAUGACACAAGGGGUAUGCACUUUCAUGUGCAUUGUCCCGAAUACGUAGGACUCACGUGUUGUCGAACAAGAUGUUUUAUUAUACUUGUAAUAUACCAAUUCGUUAUACGAUUUUUUUGACCUUAGUCGUAGGAUUAUUAAAAAAUGAUGAAUAAAGCCUAAUUUUUUACUCUAUGUUGUUCAAGGUUGUGUUAUUUUUGCCCAUCUUGAAUAAAAUUUCGUCUUUAGUGUU